UUGUAUCUUGUUUGUUUAAAAUUAAUAAAACCAGAAUUCAGUGUGUCAUAGUUCACAGUUUGUUUGAUUUGUGCCGUCAGCAGGCCAGACGUCAAACCGAGGUCAGAGGUCAACCCGACUCCCAUCGUCCCAGCAAAGGCCGACCCAGUCCCCAGUGACCAUCCAGACGUCAGCUUCACCUGCACCACCUCUGAAUCUGAACCACCAGCAAUCCAUUUAGCACCUCAGAUCGACUCUGCCCCUAACGGUGACACGUCCGACAUGGCUGACCCGGCCGGUGACGACACCAAGUACCUCGCCCUGGAUAAUGACUUCCGCAACAGCGGGCUGGCCCAAGCCGACUGGGCGGCCAAGAAGAUGGUGUGGAUACCGUCGGAGAGGGAGGGCUUCGAGGCCGCCAGCCUAAAGGAGGAGAAGGGGGACGAGGUGGUGGUGCAGCUCUCUAACGGCCAGAAAAUCACGGUGAACAAAGACGACAUCCAGAAGAUGAACCCGCCCAAGUUCAGCAAGGUGGAGGACAUGGCCGCCCUCACCUUCCUCAACGAGGCCUCCGUCCUGCAAAACCUUCGGGAGAGAUACUUCUCCAGCCUCAUCUAUACGUACUCAGGCCUCUUCUGUGUGGUGGUGAACCCCUACAAGAUGUUGCCCAUCUACUCUGAGAAGAUCAUCGAGAUGUACAAGGGCAAGAAACGCCACGAGGUGCCGCCGCACAUCUACUCCAUCACAGACAACGCCUACAGGAACAUGAUGCAAGACCGUGAGGAUCAGUCUAUUCUCUGCACAGGAGAGUCUGGAGCCGGGAAGACAGAAAACACCAAGAAGGUGAUUCAGUACCUAGCUGUGGUCGCCUCCUCGCACAAAGGCAAGAAGGACGCCAACCCUGACUCUGCGGCGGUGGUGAAGCAGCAGGCGCAGCAGCAGCUGGCCUAUGGGGAGCUGGAGAAGCAGCUGCUGCAGGCCAAUCCCAUCCUGGAGGCGUUCGGGAACGCCAAAACCAUCAAGAACGACAACUCGUCACGAUUUGGAAAGUUCAUCAAGCUCAACUUCGAUGUGACCGGUUACAUUGUUGGAGCCAAUAUUGACACCUACCUGCUGGAGAAGUCUCGCUGCAUCCGUCAGGCCAACACUGAGAGAGCCUUCCACAUCUUCUACUACAUGGUGGCCGGAGCCAAAGACAAACUGAGAGAGGAGCUCCUGCUGGAGGAUUUCAGCGCCUACCGUUUCCUGGUGGCUGGUCACGUGGAGAUCUCCGGUCAGGAGGACGAUGAGAUGUUUGAGGAGACUCUGGAGGCCAUGGCGAUCAUGGGCUUCACCGAGGACGAGAGAAUAGGGAUGAUGAAGGUGGUGUCGACUGUGCUGCAGCUGGGAAACAUCAAGUUUGAGAAAGAGAGGAACAGCGAGCAGGCGACGCUGCCCGACAACACCGCUGCACAGAAGGUGUGUCACCUGCAGGGCAUCAACGUCGUUGACUUCACCCGCGCCAUCCUCACCCCUCGAAUCAAAGUGGGCAGGGAGGUGGUGCAGAAGGCUCAGACCAAGCAGCAGGCUGACUUUGCGGUGGAGGCUCUGGCGAAGGCGAUGUACGAGCGUCUGUUUCGAUGGAUCCUGGCCAGAGUCAACAAGACGCUGGACAAGAGCAAGAGGCAGUCGUCCUCCUUCCUCGGCAUCCUGGACAUCGCCGGCUUCGAGAUUUUUGAGGACAACUCCUUCGAGCAGAUCUGCAUCAACUACACCAACGAGCGCCUGCAGCAGCUCUUCAACCACACCAUGUUCAUCCUGGAGCAGGAGGAGUACAAGAGGGAGGGCAUCGAGUGGAACUUUAUCGACUUUGGCCUCGACCUGCAGCCCUGCAUUGAGCUUAUCGAGAGGCCGAACAACCCUCCAGGCAUCCUGGCCCUGCUGGACGAGGAGUGCUGGUUCCCCAAAGCCACCGACGUCUCGUUCGUGGAGAAGCUGCUGAACACGCAUACCGGGCACGUUAAAUUCUCCAAACCCAAACAGCACAAAGACAAACUGAUGUUCACCGUCAUGCACUACGCCGGCAAGGUCGAUUAUAACGCAGCUAACUGGCUGACGAAGAACAUGGACCCACUGAACGACAACGUGACGGCUCUGCUCAACAACUCGUCCAGCAACUUCAUCCAGGACCUGUGGAAAGACGCGGAUCGAGUCGUGGGUCUUGAGACCAUCACCAAGAUGUCGGAGAGCUCGGCGCCCACCAAGUCCAAGAAGGGCAUGUUCCGCACGGUGGGGCAGCUGUACAAGGAGUCUCUGGGCAAACUGAUGACCACGCUGCACAACACGCAGCCCAACUUCGUCCGCUGCAUCAUCCCCAACCACGAGAAGAGGGCCGGGAAGAUGGACUCCAACCUGGUGCUGGAGCAGCUGCGGUGUAACGGCGUGCUGGAGGGCAUCAGGAUCUGCAGACAGGGAUUCCCCAACCGCAUCGUGUUCCAGGAGUUCAGACAAAGAUAUGAGAUUCUGGCUGCGAACGCCAUCCCAAAAGGUUUCAUGGACGGGAAGCAGGCGUGCUGCCUGAUGGUCAAGCACCUGGAUCUGGAUCCGAACCUGUUCCGCAUUGGUCAGAGUAAGAUGUUCUUCAGGACUGGAGUCCUGGCUCAGCUGGAGGAGGAGAGAGACCUCAAACUCACCGUCAUCAUCAUCGCUUUCCAGGCGCAAGCCAGAGGUUUCCUGGCCCGCAAAGCGUUCAGUAAACGUCAGCAGCAGCUGACGGCCAUGAAGGUGAUCCAGAGGAACUGUGCCUGUUACCUCAAACUCAAGAACUGGCAGUGGUGGAGGCUCUUCACUAAGGUAAAGCCCCUGCUGCAGGUCACCAGACAAGAAGAAGAGAUGGGUCAGAAAGAGGAGGAGCUGAAGGCGGCGAAAGACGUGGCGGUGAAGGCCGAGGCCGAGCUGAAGGACAUCUCACAGAAACACACACAGCUGAUGGAGGAGCGGGUACAGCUGGAGACGAAGCUCCAGGCGGAGACGGAGCUGUAUGCCGAGGCGGAGGAGAUGAGGGUGCGCCUGGAGGCCAAGAAGCAGGAGCUGGAGGAGGUGCUGCACGAGAUGGAGUCGCGUCUGGAGGAGGAGGAGGAGCGCAGCAACGGUCUGCAGCACGAGAGGAAGGAGAUGGAGCAGCAGCUGCAGCUGAUGGAGGCCCACAUCGCAGAAGAAGAAGAUGCUCGUCAGAAGCUGCAUCUUGAGAAAGUUUCUGUGGAGGGAAAAGUGAAGAAGCUGGAGGAGGACGUUCUGAUCAUGGAGGACCAGAACAACAAACUGCACAAGGAGCGGAAGCUUCUGGAGGAGAGGAUGGCCGACAUGAGCUCCAACCUCGCCGAGGAGGAGGAGAAGUCCAAAAAUCUGAGCAAACUGAAGGCCAAACACGAGUCCAUGAUCUCAGACCUGGAGGUGCGUAUGAAGAAGGAGGAGAAGGGUCGUCAGGACAUGGAGAAGGCCAAGAGGAAGGUGGAGGCGGAGCUCGGCGACCUGCAGGAGCAGCACGCCGACCUGCAGAACCAGCUCGCUGAGCUCCGGGCACAGCUGGCCGCCAAGGAGGAGGAGCUGCAGGCCACACUGGCACGGUUGGAGGAGGAGAGUAACCAGCGCGGGUCGGCGGUGAAGCGAGUCCGGGAGCUGGAGGUUUUGAUCUCGGAGCUGCAGGAGGACUUGGAGGCGGAGAGGGCGGCGAGGGGGAAGGUGGAGGCGGCGCGGCGGGACCUGGGUGAGGAGCUGAACGCUCUCCGCACCGAGCUGGAGGACAGCCUGGACACCACCGCCGCGCAGCAGGAGCUACGAGCGAAGCGAGAGCAGGAGGUCGCCAUGCUGAAGAAAGCCAUGGACGACGAGGGGCGGAGCCACGAGGCCCAGAUCCAGGACCUGAGACAGAAACACGGCCAGGCAGUGGAGGAGCUCAGCGAGCAGCUGGAGCAGGCCAAGAGGGUGCGAGCCGGUCUGGAGAAAGCCAAGCAGGCUCUGGAGAAGGAGUCCUCGGACCUGAGCGCCGACCUGAGGUCCCUCGCCAGCGCCAAGCAGGACGUGGAGCACAAGAAGAAGAAGGUGGAGGGCCAGCUGAACGAGCUGCACUCACGCUUCAACGAGAGCGAGCGGCAGAGGACGGAGCUCGGCGAGCGGGUCUCCAAGACCACCAUGGAGCUGGAAAGCGUGACGAGUCUGCUGAACGAGGCGGAGGGAAAGAACAUCAAGCUGAGCAAAGAUGUCUCCGGUCUGUCCUCUCAGCUGCAGGACACUCAGGAACUGCUGUCGGAGGAGACGCGUCAGAAGCUGAACCUGUCGGGACGUCUGCGUCAGAUGGAGGAGGACAGGAACAGCCUGAUGGAGCAGCUGGAGGAGGAGACGGAGAGCAAGCGGGCGGUGGAGCGGCAGAUCUCCAGCCUCAACAUGCAGCUUUCCGACUACAAGAAGAAGCUGGACGAGACGUCGGGGACGGUGGAGCUGCUGGAGGAGGGGAAGAAGCGUCUGCAGCGCGAGCUGGAAGCCGCCAACAGCGAGUAUGAGGAGAAGGCUUCGGCCUACGACAAGCUGGACAAGAGCCGCAGCCGCAUGCAGCAGGAGCUGGAGGACGUCCUGAUGGACCUGGACAGCCAGCGGCAGCUCGUCUCCAACCUGGAGAAGAAGCAGAAGAAGUUCGACCAGAUGCUGGCGGAGGAGCGCGCCGUGUCUUGUAAGUUUGCGGAGGAGCGGGACCGGGCGGAGGCGGAGGCCAGGGAGAAGGAGACGCGGGUGUUGGCUCUGGCCCGAGCGCUGGAGGAGAACCAGGACGCUCUGGAGGAGGCGGAGAAGACGAUGAAGGUGCUCCGAUGUGAGAUGGAAGAUCUGAUCAGCUCCAAGGACGACGUGGGGAAGAACGUCCACGACCUGGAGAAGGCGAAGCGCGGGCUGGAGGCCAUGGUGGACGAGAUGAGGACGCAGAUGGAGGAGCUGGAGGACGAGCUGCAGGUGGCCGAGGACGCCAAGCUGCGCCUGGAGGUCAACAGCCAGGCGCUCCGGGCGCAGCACGAGAGGGAGCUGCACGGCCGCGACGACCUGGGGGAGGAGAAGAGGAAGCAGCUCCUCAAACAGGUGCGUGAGCUGGAGGCGGAGCUGGAGGAGGAGAGGAAGCAGCGCGGCCAGGCGUUGGGCGGCAAAAAGAAGCUGGAGGGCGAGCUGAAGGACCUGGAGGACCAGAUGGAGGCCACGGGCCGCGGCCGCGACGAGGCCGUCAAGCAGCUCCGCAAGAUCCAGGGCCAGGUGAAGGACCUGCAGCGGGACCUGGAGGACUCUCGUGCGGCCCAGAAGGAGGUCCUGUCUUCAGCCCGGGAGUCGGAGCGCAGGACCAAGGCCCUUGAGGCCGACGUGGUCCAGCUGCACGAGAUGUUGGCAGCUGCUGAGCGAGCUCGUAAGCAGGCGGAGACAGAAAGAGACGAGCUGUCAGAAGAGCUGGCCAGCAACUCCUCCGGAAAAUCUCUGCUGUCUGACGAGAAACGCCGCCUGGACGCCAAGAUCAGCCAGCUGGAGGAGGAGCUGGACGAGGAGCAGACCAACGUGGAGAGCCUCAACGACCGGCUGAGGAAGAGCCAGCAGCUGGUGGACCAGCUGGGGGCGGAGGUGGCAGCGGAGCGGGCGAGCUCUCAGAGCAGGGAGGGCUCCCGGCAGCAGCUGGAGAGGCAGAACCGCGAUCUGAAGGCCAAGCUGCAGGAGGUGGAGGGCCAGGGCCGCGCCAAGCUCAAGUCCUCCAUCACCGCGCUGGAGACCAAACUCAGAGAGGUUGAGGAGCAGCUGGAGAUGGAGAGCAGAGAGCGUCAGGCCAACGCCAAGAACCUGCGUCAGAAAGAGAAGAAGCUGAAGGAUUUAACAAUCCAGAUGGAGGACGAGAGGAAGCAGGCGCAGCAGUACAAAGACCAGGCGGAGAAGGGGAACAUCCGGGUGAAGCAGCUGAAGCACCAGCUGGAGGAGGCGGAGGAGGAGGCGCAGCGCGUCACGGCGGCUCGCAGGAAGCUGCAGCGUGAGCUGGAGGAGGCGACGGAGGCCAACGACGGGCUGAGCCGAGACGUCGCCUCGCUCAGGAGCAAACUCAGGCGUGGCGGCGGUGGUGGCGGUGGCGGGGAGGCGGUGUUCAGUAGCCCCCGUGGCGUCGGUAGCGUUGGUGGUGGCAGUGGCGGGCUGAGCAGCAGCAGCAUGAGGAGUCUGUCGCUGGGAGGCAGCGUCAGCAGGAGGAGCACCUUCAAGGAGAACUCGCUGGAGCUGCAGGAGGAGGAGCCUCCGUCCCGCUCGCCGUCUCCUCCUCCGGACGCCGGCGAGGACGACUACGGCCCCGACGACGAGUAGAUGAGAGCCGAGUAACGAGGGCGGGAAUGUUUUAACCUUUAAUUUAAAUUAUUCUACAGUUUAAGGAGUUUUAUUUUGACUUUAUCAUGAAGUUAUUACACAAGCAGUCCCAAAAAUAAUAAUAAUAAUAAUAAUAAUAAUAAUAAACUUAUUUGGUGUCAAAAAGUAAAAAUAUCCCACAUUAACAGCAACGUGUCACUCUGAUUUUACAUUUUUAAUAUGUUCAUUUAAUUAUUAUUAAUCAUAUUUUAAAUUUAAAAAUCCCUCAAAAUUUGUGCUGAACUUUCACAACUUUCUGUCAUUUUAAUAACAAAACUAAAAUAAUCGUUAAAUCACAGAAGGGAAUAAUUUCACCGUAUAACAAAUAAUAAUAAUAUUAAUAAUAGUAAUGUAUAAAAAUUAAAAUAUUUUUUUUAUAAUUUUUUCAAAAUUUAUGCUGAACUUUAGCAAUUUUAAAUAUUAAUUUAUUUGUAUUUGUCCUAUAUGUCAGAAAACUGAACUGACAUUUUCUUUCUGACAAAAAAGAAUCAAUUAAUCACAGAAGGAAAUCAUUUCCCCAUGUGAAAAAAUACUAAAAAAAAAAAAGUAAUAUGGAAUCCAAACAAUAAAUCCAAAAUUAUGAAAUUAAACAAAAAAAUAUAACUAAUAAUAGGAAAAAUAAUUGAAAAUAAAACCAGUAAUUAAUUCUCUACAUACGUGUUUUUAAUAUUAUUUUCCCACCAAAUUUAUGCUGAACUUGAGCAAUUUUGAAUAUUGAGUUAUUAAUUUAUUUUUAUUUGUCAUAUACGACAGAAAGCUGAAUAUAUUUGAAUGAAGAAUUGUAAAGAGUUUUUUUCACAACUUUCUGACAUUUAAAAACAAAAUAAUCGAUUAACCACAGAAGGGAAUAAUUUCCCUAUAUUAAAAAAUAAUAUGGAAUCAAAACAAUAAAUGAAAAAUCAUGAAAUGAAACAAAAAAAUCAAAUAAAUAAAUAAUGAUAUGAUAAUGAUAAAUAAUAAAAAAAUAAUUGAAAAUAAAAACAAGAAUAUCAUAGAAUCAUUUUUAAAUAUUAUUUUCCCUCAAAAUGUAUGCUGAACUUUAGAAAUUUUGAAUAUGAGUUUGUUAAUUUACUUUUAUUUGUCAAAUAUGACAGUAAACAUAAAUUUAUUUGAGUUUUUCACAGAACAAAAAGCAUUUUAAAGACAUCACGUUGGAAUUGUUUUCCACAAUUUUCUGACAUUUUUAAUAAUCUGAAUAGAUUUAAAAAUUAAAAUAUAAUAAAAAUAACAAUAAAAACAACAAAAAUAACAUGAGAAGUAAAAAAAUAAAAAUAAUAAAUGGGAAUAUAAAUCUGUGAGUUUAAAUAAUCUACAAUCGGUUUCAAAGUCUUUAAAGUAUUUAGUUGUAGCUCUCUAAAAUACAAUAAUCAUUUUCUUCCAAAGACUACAUUACCCAUGAGCCUCUGCUGCUUUCGCUGGGCAGAAAAAUUUAAAGCCGAGUUUUAACGUAUUCAGACACUUUUCAGCUGCAGUUAGACACAAAAUGUUGCUGCUGAAUGUAUUUAAAAUCUGAAAGUAAGAUGAUCCACAUCACAUGAUUUUAUUUUAUUUAUUUUAAUUAUCAGUGGAGAGUUUUAAUGAUUGCUGUGUUAAAUUGUUGGCAACUUUUCCAAAAAGUUCAGUUAACAAACAUCAAUAACAAACUGAAGUUUCCUGUUCCGUCCUGCUGCCUCUGCUCUUCUCUUUCUUUGAAAAAUAUAUUAUUUAUUAAAUCAGCAAAACACUGAAAUCUUGAACAGAAAUAUGAGGAAAUAUUAAAAAAUGUUUUGCUAAAAAAGUGCAUUUCUCAUAUAAUGUAAUAUUCACUUAUGCUAGAAAAUUCCCUUAAAUACGAAAUAAAAAUGUAGGGAUUAAAAGUUUGAUAAGAGGCUUUUUUUGUGACCUAAAAAAAAUAUUUUAAUAAUCUAAUAAUAAUUAGCCAACAGAUUUUUUUAACCAAUAAGAAUAAAUUCUGUGGCAUUUUAAAAAAACAACAACAUUUUAAUGACAAACAAACUUCAAAAUCAAAGUAACCUUAAAAUGAAUUGAUAAAGUCUCAGUCAUUCAGUCUCUCAGUUUACUUUUAAUUUCAAAUCUUCAACAAGAAAAUUCUCUGAACAGCCAAAAAGAUUUUAUUCCGUCCUGUGACUUAAAAUAACGUCAAUAAACUGCAAAAUUUGUUUAGACUUUAAACUUGUUUAUUCCAAAUUGUUUGACUUCAUUUGGGGGAAAUUAAUCUCAUUAUUUAAGAUUAUUAUUAUUAUUGUGUUCUGCAGCAUUCAGAGUUUUAAGGGUUUCAACAAGUUUAGAAAAACUAUUAUUUUAAAUGUUUGUGGAUUAAUAUUAACAUUUUAAUUUACAAUUUAUGUGAAUUUAAUAUAUUUACAUUUAUUUAUGUUGCAGGUAGAUCAAAGGAUUUUCCAAAUUAUAUAAAGUCAAUAAUCUCUUUCAGUUUGAGUCACAGAGCUAAAAAAAAAAAUUUUUAAAUUACAGUCAUUUAACAAAACUUUCUGAACAUUAAGAUGAAAAAUAUUACAUCAGCUGCAGACCCAAAAAAUAUUUUUUGCAAAAUAUUGUUUUGCAGGAAAAUUUUAAAUAAACAUUUUACUUUUCUUUAUUUAAAUGUUUAAUUUUGAGCAAGAAAAGAGUUGCUUCUGGAGAAAUGUUUAAUGAUAAAGAUUCUUUAUCAAACUUUUUUAAGUCAAAUUUUCUGCCAGUAAAUUAAAAUAAAAAUAAAAAGACCCUGUAAGUCAGAAUGUUAUCAAAAUAAUUACUUAAAAUCUCAAAAUUAGUCAAAAAUAAUUUCAUAAUGUCAUAAAUAUAUCCAAAUAAUUAAACUCCAAAUAAUUAAAUAGUUGUUUAAUAUAUGGCGAAAUAAUGACUAUAAAAUUAGUAACUAACUAAGAAAAGUAAUAAAAAGUUAUUUUUCUAAAAGUCACUUUGUAUCACAAAAACUAUUUUUCAGAAAUUUUCUCUUAAUUUUGAGCCACAAAGUAAUUAUUUUAAGAAAGUUUCGGAUCAUAACGACUGAAAGGACUUUAUUGUCUUUAUAUUUAAUUAGCAGGAAGUUUUGUUAAAUAACUUCAGAGUUUCUCAAAAAAUCGAGGGGUUCAUUUUCCGAAAAAGUGACGAGAAACAAACAAAAUGUUUUUAGUAUGUUUAGAGAGAAUCUGUUUAUUUGGAAACUGAAUGUAAAACUUUAUUUGUUGUUUAUUCGUUGCUGAGAUUAGGCGGUGUGAUUCAAACCUCACAGACACAAUAUAUGAUAUAAUAUUAUAUAGAAUAACUAUAAUAACAGUGAGAUGUUCAAUGACUUUCUGAAGUGAUAUUAAACUGAUAAUAAAUCCU